AGCCGUCUAUAUCUAAGGAAUGUAUGCUAACCAAGAUAUUGCUUUUUUAGUUUAAUUUAAUUAUACUAUAAUAAUAGCCAAACCAUGUAAGACCAAAUAUUGCUGUCGGAAAACUACGUAUCGCGUAAUAAUGUGAUUUCCGUGAAGUUACAGCCAGCAGUAUCCGGGGUAUCGUCGCAUGACUAUCAGCUGACAAAACCUUUGCUAGUGUGUUACAGUUCUAAGAGAAAUAGGUUUGCAACACAUAAAGUUGUUUUUUAAAGCCAAGGUUUAACUUAAGCCGAAUAAAUCGUUGACCAACAGAAUGGCCACGAAUCCACCUCCAAAACUGCAAGUCCGAAGUAGUGAAAACGACAGGUUGAAGCGACUGAAGGAGACAUUCAUAUCAAAGUUUGGUUUGGCUCCUGUGUUUUAUGCUCGUGCUCCGGGGCGAGUCAAUUUAAUUGGGGAACACAUUGAUUACUGUGGUUAUGCAGUACUGCCCAUGGCUAUAGAGCAAGAUAUCCUGACAGCUGUAUCACUGAACAAAACACAAGUCAUCCAGUUGGCCAAUACAAAUCCAUUGUACCCGGAUUUCACUAGCAGUAUCAGUGAUAUUCAUAUUGACAAGACUAAACCUUUAUGGCAUUACUAUUUCCUUUGUGGGCUGAAAGGAAUUCAGGAGCAUUUCAGUCUCGCUUGUCCACUGGGGAUUAACUGUGCUGUGGAUGGAACCAUCCCGGCUAGCUCCGGGCUCUCCAGCUCGAGUGCCAUGGUGUGCUGUGCAGGGCUCGUCACUUUGGAAGCCAAUAAGAAGACCCUUUCAAAGGUGGAACUGGCGGAGAUCUGUGCCAGCUGUGAGCGUUACAUUGGUACCGAGGGUGGAGGCAUGGACCAGUCCAUCUCAUUUCUUGCAGAGCAAGGGACUGCCAAGUUAAUAGAGUUCAAUCCUGUCAGGGCAACUGAUGUUCAACUUCCAGACGGAGCUGUUUUUGUGAUUGCUAACUGUUGUGUUGAAAUGAAUAAAGCUGCGACUUCUCAUUUCAACAUCAGAGUCAUGGAGUGUCGAUUAGCUGCGAAGCUUUUAUCAAAAGCAAAAGGCCUGGACUGGAAGAGACUGCUAAAGUUAGGGGAUGUUCACAAGGAAGCAGGGGUUACCCUGGAGGAGAUGUUGGCUACAGUGGAGGAACUGCUACACCCAGAGCCUUAUAGUCAGCAAGAAAUCUGUCAGUGCCUGGGUAUCACCCUGGAAGAGCUGUGCACCGGCAUUCUCAGUCAGAAUACACAAGAUGUUACCACCUUUAAACUCUACCAGCGUGCAAAACAUGUGUACAGUGAAGCUGCAAGAGUACUUGAGUUUAAAGAUAUUUGUGACCAGACACCUGCCAAAGCAGUCCAGCUGCUGGGAGAACUGAUGAACCAAAGCCAUGUGAGCUGCAGAGACAUGUACGAGUGCAGCUGCCCAGAACUGGAUCAGCUGGUGGACAUCUGUCUGCAAUCAGGUGCUGUAGGAUCAAGACUGACUGGAGCUGGGUGGGGAGGCUGUACUGUGUCAAUGGUACCCAAUGACAAGCUGGAUUCCUUCCUAUCAAAUGUACGAGAAUCAUAUUAUAAGACUGAUGCUCGAAGAGCAGCUUUGGAAACGCAGAGCUUAUUUGUCACCAAGCCUGGUGGAGGAGCUGCAGUCUUACUUGAGGUUUAAAAUUGUUAAAAUUUGAAAUAAUUUCUAGGAUGGCUGAAAUGUAACAAUUUAUUUGGAUUCUACAUUGCGAUCAAGUCUUAUUAAAGUCAAUAUUAAAAAGGUUGAAAAUACACCAUCAACUGAUUUGCUCAUGCAAAACCAUUAAGAAAAGCAAUUGUUUAGGAAUGUACAGCAUAUAAUGCCAAAUGAAAAUAUAUGUUAUAUUGGCACAACUCAAUAUUUGGCAAGGACAACAAGGCUUAUUUAAUUUUUAUUCAACAGUGACCUUACAUUUUGUAAAUCUAUACUUCCACUGGGCCUGGAGUAACUUCAGAAUCACUGUCUGCUUUUUUGGUUUCUUCUGCUUCGGUCUCACGCUCAUCCUUUCUCUGAUGCCGACUACUGGACAAAGUUGCAUGUUCCUAAUGAAAAUGAAAACCAUAUGCUUAGUUGGAAAACAGUAGAAACUGAUUUUAUGAUACUAGUUUAUGUUGCGUAACCUUUUUCUGCUACAUAAAAAUUAAAAUUAUUAAAAUGUGGACAAAGACGACAAAAAAAAUCAUAGUAAUUUUUUUUUUUUUAAACUAGCCAAUUAGAAAUUUAGAUUCUUAUCUUCUGUCAGUUCAAGAUAAUUAAGUCCUAUAUUAAGUUCCUAUUGACUAUUAUAUUACAAGCUGUUUAAGCUUGAUGUGACUGGAUGUAGAGGUCCAGGAUUAUUUUUAAGAUAUAUGGGGUACCCAUCCAAUCACAAACUUACUAAGACUGAUACAUUGUGCGAUUAUAGGAUACUUUCACCUCUGUCUGACGAACACAGUACUGUAUUGAAGUUUCAUCAGAUGUUUAAUGCCAGUUGAUUUCCUUUAAAACUUAAGUGAUCUACUUGGUUGAUAUUUUUAUAUGUGUCAUUCAUUACAAUAUCAAAUACCCAAGCAAGGAAACAUACCCAUUUCUCAACCAACAAUUCGCUCUGGAUCUUUACUUCAUCAGGGUUCAUAAUAAUUGCUUUUUCCGUCCUAAUAAAAAAAAAAAAAAAAAAAAAAACACCAAAAAAAUUGUAUUUCUUAAAUUCUCUUUCCCGUUUUUGUAGCACAGUUCUAUAUAAACCAAAAGAACAUACACAUCUUGAAAUACAACCAUACCUUCAAAUGAUAUCCCAAUAACUAAGACAGAUGAGUUAGGAAGCAUUCACGCUGUGGCCUUACUCUAGUUUUAAAGUUUUUUUUUUUUGUUGAAUUAUUCAGACCAGCUGAUAUUUCAAUUGUUUGUUUUUGUUGUUUUUGUUAAUUUAUAUUUUGAGUUUUUUUUUUUUACUAGAUUUUUUUAGUACUUGCUACACUUAUAGCAAACUGCAUACUAAAACACAGAGAAGGAAAAAAAAAAACGCAUACUGUAUACAGUAUGCAGCAAUAUUAUUAUUAGGUAAACAACUGGGGUUCCUUUAAAGAGCAGCUUAGUUACUUGGCAUUUAUCUGUAUAUCAUUUUCUGUUUCAGUCAUCACAUCAUGGUAACUUUAUAAAACCUAUACAUUUAAAGACUCAAUAUGGCUUUCAAUCAUGUCAUCUUCUCUCAAAAUACACCGGAAUGUAACCAUUAACCUGUCCUCUGCAACACUCAGCCCCUGUAUGAUAUACAUCUUUUACUUCUGAGUUUUAAAAAGUCACCAGGAUUUGAUUAUUGAAACAGAAAUACAUUAGGUUAACAGUUCUGUGAUAUGUCAAGUCGACAAAUAUAUUAGUUUAACAUUUAAACGUGUAAUCUUUAAAGUAUAAAGGUUUAGGGAACUAAACUAAUCUAAAAUCCCUACUACCAAGUCACUCUUUAGUCUAAACCCUUGGAGUUACAUAACUAAUUAGACUAAUUAGUGAACUACUGUUGAAGAAGUACUUUGUUAAUGGCUAGAUCUAAAUAAAUGGUUCCUCUGUGUGACACACUUCUUCCUUUGAUGGUUCUGUAUAGGUGUUCUGGUUUCAAUCCAAUUAACAGUUAUCUGUAUAAUUAAGAGAUCCACUUUAGAGGCUAUAAGUAAAUGAUUGUGUACUGUAUUAGAUAACAUACUUAGAUUGAAUGGAGAUGGUAAAAUCAGGCUUCGAUUUGAAUGAUAUUAAAGACAAUGGUCAAACCUGUUAAAAGUCAA